AUGGCUUCCUCAUCAUCAAAUGUCGUCGGUGUCCACUACCGUGUCGGCAAGAAGAUCGGAGAGGGUUCUUUUGGUGUGAUUUUCGAGGGGACAAAUCUGUUGAACAAUCAACAGGUUGCCAUCAAAUUCGAACCUCGAAAGAGUGACGCCCCACAAUUGCGAGACGAGUACCGGACAUACAAGAUUCUUGUUGGCUGCCCUGGGAUCCCUAAUGUCUAUUAUUUCGGCCAAGAAGGCCUUCACAACAUACUGGUCAUUGAUCUCCUCGGACCGUCUCUGGAGGAUCUCUUUGACCACUGCAACAGAAGGUUUUCCACCAAGACGGUGGUAAUGGUAGCGAAGCAGAUGCUGUCACGAGUCCAAACGAUCCACGAGAAGAAUCUUAUCUAUCGUGAUAUCAAGCCUGACAACUUCCUUAUUGGCCGACCUGGAUCCAAAUCUGCUAAUGUGAUACAUGUCGUUGAUUUUGGAAUGGCAAAGCAAUACCGAGACCCAAAGACGAAGCAACACAUUCCAUACCGGGAAAGGAAAUCACUAUCUGGUACCGCGAGGUACAUGAGCAUCAACACCCACUUGGGCCGUGAACAAUCGAGAAGAGACGAUCUGGAGGCACUGGGACAUGUUUUCAUGUAUUUCCUGAGAGGAGGACUUCCAUGGCAAGGACUUAAGGCCGCGACCAACAAGCAGAAGUACGAGAAGAUUGGAGAGAAGAAGCAGACCACUGCUAUCAAGGAUCUCUGUGAUGGCUUCCCGGAGGAGUUCAACAAGUACUUGAGCUACGUCCGAAAUCUUGGCUUCGAGGAUACCCCUGAUUAUGACUACCUCCGAGAUCUGUUCACCCAGGCAUUGAAGAACACUGGGGAGGUUGAGGAUGGCGAAUACGACUGGAUGAAGCUCAACAACGGCAAGGGAUGGGAGGCUAUGAAGCAACACCCUUCGCAGCAUAUGCUACACCAGCCCAAUGCUCAACCAGGAGCAUCAAAUAGAGAGUUGCACGGAACAACACGCGGAGGAAAUAGCACGCCAGGUCACCUUACUGCCGCCCGUUUAAACGCCGCGCAACCCCCGCCACCGUCCCCAAUCAAGCCGGGGAUGGGCAAGACGCGCGAUCGACCAAACGCCCCAGGCGGGUUGGUCCCAAAACGCAGCAGCGGAGCGGCGGGGGGCCUCCAAGACGUCGCUACUCCCACAGGCUCAACCCAGGCACAGUUCCAGAACAGCUCGAACAACCUGCCUCAGCGGAUGACGCCCCAGCCAAACAUGAGCGCUCAACCCCAGAACGGGAGGGCCUCAGAACCUCAACCGUCGGGCUUCCAGAAGCUGAUGAAAGCUCUAUGUUGCGGAUGA